UAUAAUGCACGCUGGCCGCCUUUUAAGCACAAACCGAAUUUGCUCUCAUUUAGGCCCAUCUAGAUCCCUAAAUAGGUUAAAGAAGGUGUGUGCGUGUGCGUGUUUUCACCACGCCUCUCUCAUUGUUGCUGGAAGUGCACCAUAGUUGUAUUUAUUGUGUCAAGUAUCAGCGGUGAGCGAUGCUCUCCCACGCCGACCUCCUGGAUGCUCGCCUCGGUGAGUUGUCCUCGCCCGGCUCGGCUCUUCAACUCUGCUGGAUGAAGGACGCCGCGGAGCUCCUGGGCCACAGGGAGGCUUUAAAGUGCCGGCUGGGCGCAGGCGGACCGGACCCGGGUCACGCCGGGGAGCUGGGCCCGGGCCACGACAGCGCGGAGGGGGCCACGCUGCUCCCGGGUGAGGACAUCAGCUCCGGCGGCGGAGGAGGAGGAGGAGGUGGCGGCUCCAACCCGGGGCAGGGGACCGGCAGCAAGGAGCAGGAAAAGCAGCAGAACGGUGGUGGCAACCAUCAGUCCGGUGCGGGAGGCCAGCAGGCCCAGAAGCAGAAGCGGCACCGGACUCGCUUCACGCCGGCUCAGCUCAACGAACUGGAGCGGAGCUUCGCCAAGACCCAUUACCCGGACAUCUUCAUGCGGGAGGAGCUGGCGCUGAGGAUCGGACUGACGGAGUCCAGAGUGCAGGUGUGGUUUCAGAACCGCCGCGCCAAGUGGAAGAAGCGCAAGAAGACCAGCAACGUGUUCCGGGCGCCGGGGACCCUCCUGCCGACGCACCACCACGGCCUGCCGCAGUUCCCCUCCGCGGCGGCUGCGGCUGCGGCGGCCAUGGGCGACAGCCUGUGUUCCUUCCACGCCAACGACGGCCGCUGGGCCACGGCCGGCAUGGCCGGGGUGUCGCAGCUGCAGCUGCAGGCCCGCCAGCCCUCCAUGGCGCAGUCCUUGUCCCACUGCAGCCUGGGCGGCGGCCCGCCUCCGCCGGCCUCCAUGGGGCUGUCCAACAUGUCGUCCAACGGCGCCGGGCUGCAGUCGCACCUGUACCAGCCCUCCUUCCCCGGCAUGGUGUCCGCCUCGCUGCCCGGCCCGACCAACGUCGGCGGCUCGCCGCAGCUGUGCACGUCCCCGGAGAGCGACGUGUGGCGGGGGAGCAGCAUCGCCUCGCUGCGCCGCAAAGCCCUGGAGCACACAGUCUCCAUGAGCUUCACCUAAUGACGACAUGAUUAUUUAUUCCUCGCGGCGGAGUAAUCGCAGACAUGACGAAGCACGACGCUCAACUUUAUUUCCCCGACAUCUAUUUAUCGGUCUAGUUCCGUUCCUUCGUCUGCGCGCGCAGCUCUGCCGCCAUUGUGGCGGGAGUCCCUCCGAGUGUCUUUCAGCGUGGAGAAAAUACAAGACUGUAAAAAUGCUGACUGCGCUCAAUCACGGGGGAAACUCUUGAAUAAUUUAAAAAGAAAAGAAAAAAGAAGACGAUUCUAAUCUGUACAAAAUGUUUUGUGGUCACUUUUAGUGUUUAUUAUGAGCCAUUUUUUGUUUCAUGUUUAUGAUUCAAGUAA